AUGUACGCUUCCCGGCCUUCCCCUUCAGUUCCGAUCAAAAUCGUUUGUAUAUCGGACACCCAUAACACACAACCUGAUGUCCUGCCAGGCGAUGUGUUAAUCCAUGCUGGGGAUCUCACAGAAAAUGGUUCUUUCGAUGAAAUCCAAUCACAAUUAAGUUGGCUAUCUUCACAACCACAUCAGCAUAAAGUCGUUGUGGCGGGGAAUCACGAUGUAUUACUGGAUGAGGGAUUUCUGGAAAAAUAUCCCGAGCGCAGAUAUGGAGAUUCCCGCACCCGCCGCGACCUGAACUGGGGCACGAUUCAUUACAUACAGAAUUCGUCGGUUACUCUUAACUUUGAACGUGGGUACGAAAAAAAUCCUGAUCACAGGCCCCAUCGAGCCGCUGAUGAGGGUGAUGAAUCUCUUCAAAAUCGAUCCACACCACCAGAAAUAAGAUCUCUCUCCGUAUACGGCAGCCCAUGGACACCACAAUACGGCGUAUCUGCAUUUCAACACGCUCGUGACGAGGAUGCCUGGACCGACAUCAUCCCAAUAAAUACAGACAUCGUUGUAGUCCACGGGCCACCGCGCCAUCAUCUCGAUAUGCGCGAUUUUCACCGCGCUGGAUGCCCAUUACUAAGGGCUGAAAUAGCUCGUGUUAAGCCUUCCCUUGUGGUAUUUGGCCAUAUUCAUGUUGCAAAUGGACGAGAAAAAGAAGUUGUCCUUGACCGGACAAGGCGCAUAUAUGAGGGAGUUAUGAAUAACUGGGGUGGGUGGCCCUCUCUUGUUUGGAUGGCUUGCUGUGUCCUGUUCGCUAGGUUGAAACUGGUAUUCAUUGGCCAGGAGAAAAUGGCGAAUUCUGCGAGAACAGCCAUAUUCGUCAAUGCCUCUUCAGUGGAGGGUCCAGAGAAUCUACUGCUGAAUGACCCCAUUGUUGUGGAGUUAUGAUACCAGUUUGGAGGCGGUAGAAAUCAUAUUUUAUAUUACUUGCAUCUUAUUAUUCUCGCCUGGCAUAUAU